GUCAUAUAUAGUUUCUGGAAACGUUUACGAACAUUAUCGAUUUUUCAUAGUAAAUGCAAAUUUCAUAAGCUACAUUACUUUCGAAAAAAUGUGCCGCUCUGAUUCUACAAAUAUCUUAGCGAACUUAUUACGAAAUGCCCUUUCAUUGCCCUAAAACAUUGGGUAAUUUAUAUUAAAUUUUAGAAAUGAAGGAAGAUGAAUCUCAAAUACGAUGAUUUUAUUAUUCAUUGCUAUACUGAUGAUACAGUGCCUCGUCGCUGUACACUCUCAAUCGUUGCUGAGUUUACCACUAAAUUUAGAAAAUGUAGCCAAUAAAAAUAGUACAGCAAAAACGGUUGAUAAACACCCAAUUAUCCAACUAGAUCUAACAAAUAACAAUUCAAAACGACAAGAUAAAAAUGUAAAUAUUACUCAAUCUCCAAAUGAAAGUUUAAACAAGAAUACAUUGUCAGAGGAUAGAGUGCACUCUGAAGAUCUUGAAGAAUCAAGUGUUUUGAAUAAAUUUGUUAUUGUUAUUGUAGCACUGACAAUAGUUUUCUUCAUAUUUUUAGCUGUUAGAACAUUCAGGGCAUCAAGGAAUUCUAUUGUUAAAAAAUAUGGAGUGAAAGCAAGACGCUGUGAUGUUGAAAUGGAACCAUUGCCCCUCGAUGAUGAAGAAGAUGAAACUAUUUUUGAACUAGGCAACUUUGCUAGACAUUAAGAACAAGUCAAAUUUAUUUGGAAUUGAAAAUAUUGCCAUUUAUCUACUGAUGUUUCUAGUCUUACCAGUUUAAAAGAUAACACGACUUUUUUUCAAAAUGUUCUACUUAAGUACAUAUGUAACUUUAUCUUGUAAAUAUCAACUGCAAUUAAAUAUUACACGAUUAUGCCUUAUUUUAGACUAUUACUGUACUAACUGCUGUAUUGUUGCUCCACUAGAAAAGGAUGUUGAAGACAAAAAUCAUUCAAUUUAUUAUUUGAGCUCGAUUGUUUUUAUUACUCUGGAUCUUAUAUGGUUGUAUCACAAACUGCAUUUUCUCAAAUUAAUAUAAAUCUUAUGCAUUAUAUUAAGAGUUUAUGUGAUCUUAAAGCUUGCUCAUAUAAUAAGAGAUCAACAAAAUUACAUGUAGAUACUUAGGACUGAAAUAAACAAGAUAUUUUUAUAAUUGUUAUUUUUGUAUAUCAAAAAUGUAAACAUGUUUUUGUUGUAUAUCAAAUUUAUUAGUGAUAAUAAAAAAAAUAAC